GAAGCAUCACCUAAUGAGUUCAUUACCCAACACCAAACCUCCUAUUAUACACCAGAAAAAAAACAAAAACAAAAAAAUAAAAAAAAGAGCAGAUGUCAGAGACCAAGCCGAAGAUUCCACUACACCAAACUAGUUGCAGUUGCAUUCAAGCCUAAGGAACCGACACCCUCAAUCAAACCACAUACCUGCCGGCAACCACAGCCUUAGACAACACUUCUCAUAGUUGUUGUUGCCAGAAAUCAUAGCCCAAAAAAAGUAACAGUUUGUUUGUGGUCUCAGUUUUCAGUUCACUCUGGCUGAGAAAAAAAAAAGCAGAAGAAGAAGAAGAAGAAGAAGAAGAAGAAGAAGAACACACUAGAGAGUUCAGAGUUCAGAGUUCAGAGUUCAGAGUUGAAUUGAUUCAGCUCAAGUCAAGCUAAAACUGGUAAAGUGAGAGUGUGCACACAAAACAACAACAACAAACACAACGGUUUUUCUCAAUGAAGGUCCAAGAUCGUUCUUCAAUUCCAAAUCCAAAUCAAAAGUCCCAUUUCAGAACCACACCUACAACCAAGAACCUCGAUUUCUCCGCAUGGGUAUCCGACAACCUCUGCAAGAUCGUGGCGAUUCUGCUCCUCGCUGUGACAGUGGCGGCGCUCUUCUUCCUCCGCAACGCCGGCGAUACCGCCGCGCUCAUCUGCUUCCAGAACCAGGCGCGUGAUCUCGAGAAGAUCGAGUUUCCGCGCGUGAAUUGGGACUCCGUCACGCGAAUUUCCGACAGGACCUCCAAGUUCGCCAGCUUCCGGUCAGAGAGGUGGAUCGUCGUGUCGGUGUCGAGUUACCCGAGCGAUUCGCUGAAGAAGCUUGUGAAGAUGAAGGGUUGGCAGGUUCUGGCGAUCGGAGAUUCGAAAACGCCGUCGGAUUGGGUUUUGAAAGGUGCGAUCUAUUUGUCUUUGGAGGAACAGGCUAGUUUGGGGUUUAGGGUUGUUGAUUACUUGCCUUAUGAUUCUUAUGUUAGGAAAAGUGUUGGGUAUUUGUUUGCUAUUCAGCAUGGUGCUAAGAAGAUUUUUGAUGCUGAUGAUAGAGGGGAAGUGAUUGAUGGGGAUUUGGGUAAGCAUUUUGAUGUGGAGUUGGUUGGGCAGACUGCUAGGCAAGAGGUUUUGUUUCAGUAUAGUCAUGAUAACCCGAAUCGAACCGUUGUGAACCCUUAUGUUCAUUUUGGCCAGCGUUCCGUUUGGCCUAGAGGCUUGCCAUUGGAGAAUGUUGGUGAGAUUGGGCAUGAAGAGUUUUACACUCAGGUCUUUGGUGGACAGCAGUUCAUUCAGCAGGGGAUUUCAAAUGGCCUGCCGGAUGUCGAUUCUGUGUUUUAUUUUACGCGAAAGUCGGGCUUGGAAGCCUUUGAUAUCCGAUUCGAUGAGCAUGCCCCAAAGGUGGCAUUGCCACAAGGGGUGAUGGUGCCUGUUAAUUCUUUUAACACACUGUACCAUUCCCCUGCAUUUUGGGCUUUGAUGCUUCCCGUGUCAGUUAGCACGAUGGCUUCAGAUGUGUUGAGAGGUUACUGGGGACAGAGGAUUCUUUGGGAAGUUGGUGGUUAUGUUGUGGUUUAUCCCCCAACUGUCCAUAGAUAUGACAGGGUUGAGGCUUAUCCGUUUUCUGAGGAGAAAGAUCUUCAUGUGAAUGUGGGUCGUUUGACCAAGUUUUUGGUUUCGUGGAAAUCAGAUAAGCAUGGAUUGUUUGAGAAGAUAUUGGACUUGAGCUAUGCAAUGGCAGAGGAGGGGUUUUGGACUGAGAAGGAUGUGAAAUUUACGGCUGCUUGGCUGCAGGAUUUGCUAGCUGUGGGCUAUCAGCAGCCAAGGUUGAUGUCGUCGGAACUUGGCCGUCCAAGAGCCAGCAUCGGUCACGGUGAUCAGAGGGAGUUUAUCCCGCAAAAGUUGCCAUCUGUUCAUCUUGGAGUUGAAGAAACGGGAACUGUAAAUUAUGAGAUUGGUAAUUUAAUCCGGUGGAGGAAAACAUUUGGGAAUGUUGUACUAGUCUUGUAUUGUAAUGGGCCAGUGGAACGUACAGCUCUAGAAUGGAGGUUGCUUUAUGGGAGAAUAUUCAGGACUGUGGUUAUUUUGUCUGAAAAGAAGGACAUUGAGCUUGUUGUAGAGGAGGGCCAUUUGGACCAAGCAUACAAGUACUUGCCAAAAAUAUUUGAUCAGUUUAGCAGUGCCGAAGGAUUUUUGUUCCUACAGGAUAAUACCAUUCUUAAUUACUGGAACUUGCUACAAGCAGAUAAAACUAAACUGUGGAUCACUAACAAGGUAUCUGAGUCUUGGACUUCUGUAUUAACAAAGGACAACUCAGAUUGGUUAUCACAACAAGCAAGCAUGGUACAGAAGGUUGUUAGCAUGAUGCCAGCUCACUUUCAAGUCAGUUAUAAAGAAACAGUUAACAAUGACAAGAGCCUCUUACUAUGCAGUUCUGAGGUGUUCUAUGUUCCGCAGCGCUUAAUAAGCGAUUUUGUUGAGCUUGUUAACCUAGUGGGCAAUCUGGAGAUCCACCAGAAGGUUGCUGUUCCUAUGUUCUUUAUCUCCAUGGAUUCUCCACAGAAUUUCGACCCUGUUCUUGAUACGACGAUAUACAAGCAAAACCCUCCUAUUAAUUCCUCCACACUCUAUUCAGCUAAAGUCCCUGCUGUUCAUCCAUUGAAUGUAUCAAGUGAGCAAGACUUUGUAAAGCUUAUCAGAAUAAUGGCAGAAGGGGAUCCGCUCCUAUUGGAGUUGGUUUAAAAGUAACAAACAUGUAACACUCUUACAGUGUUUUUUCAAUCAGAAAUAGUAUUACACUCUCUUUUCA